AUUGUGUGGACCUCUCCGAUGAAUGCAAUGAUCGUUGUGGAAAACAUAUUAUCGAGGGCAAAAUUCUGGAAGGUAUGUCUUGGACAAUAGGGGUACUAGCAGUGGUUUUCAACAGCGUUGUGGUGAUUCAGAACCUUAUUUCUAUUAAGAAGUGCUCUUCUGUUGUGUCUUUACUCAACAAAUUCCUCAUUAUGCUUAUAAGUCUCGGAGAUUUAUUAGUAGGGGGCUAUCUGCUGACCAUUUCUAUUGUAGAUUAUAUUGAAGGUGACUUAUAUUGUCACAAACAGAAAGUCUGGUUGACUAGUAAAGCAUGUUCAUUGUUGGGGGUUCUAAGUACUCUUGGGUCUCAGUUCUCUCUUUUCUCAAUGACUUUGUUGAGUAUUGUAAGAAUGUACGGUGUCAAAAACUCUUUCGGGGGUAGUAGUGGGUUGUCAAAGAUAGGUGUUAUCAGAAAUAUUAGCAUCAUCUUUGCAGUUAUUGUUGUUUCUAUGGCGAUAGCAGUUGUUCCACUUCAACCAUCUUUUGCAGACUUUUUCGUGAACGGACACUCAUAUGAUUCAAGUAUUCCACUUUUCGCUGGUUUUCCAGACAAAUCUCAACACAAGAAUGUCCUCACAGCAUAUUACGGAAGGAUGAAAGAUAGAUAUCUAUCAUGGGAAGUGAUAAUUGAUCUGAUGAAGGCAAUGUUCACUGAUAAAUAUAAUGGACUACAGUACAAAAAAGUCAAUUUCUAUGGCAACGAUGGUGUAUGCCUGUUCAAAUACUUUGUCAGUAGCGAUGAUCCGCAAAAGGAUUAUGUAUGGGCAGUGCUUGCAAUAAACUUUCUUUGCUUCACAAUAAUAUCCACGUCCUAUUUUGUCAUCGGUUUGAUAUCUGCAAACUCUUCGAAAAUGUUAACUGUCGGACACGCAAACAAGAUGGUGAGCGACAGGAACCGGAAAAUGAACCGCAAGAUCGCUGUCAUUAUCUUUACUGACUUUUGCUGUUGGGUACCCUUCAUAAUCAUAUGUGCUCUACACACGCUUGGUAUUAUAGAUGCUAGUCCUUGGUAUGCUCUAUUUUCAAUAGUAGUAUUACCUAUAAACUCUGUGAUAAAUCCUUUAUUGUACGACAAUACCCUUUCCUUGACAAUUAGUAGAACCUUUAGUAGCAUACGAGGAUCGUCGAAUGCAUUUAUUUCAAAGAUCAGCCGAAUAACAUCAGAUACCCAAUUAGAUCCAGGUCUUGAUAAUCAAGAAAUGGGUAGGGUUGCAGGAUCAAAGCAACAAGGUACUGGUACGGAUGCUAUUCAGUCUAGAGGAAAGCCUGGGUGUGUAGGGGAUGCUGAUGAAGGCGGCAUAGACUCCAUAGUAGUGGAUACUGGUGUUUAA